AUGUCCACACAAAUUAUACGAAGUCAUGUUGCUCAUGAUCCCGCAUCGGCAUGGAUUAAGAAGAUGGAAAUUUUAAACGAAUCCCGUCUCCACCGCUUGAUUGUCGGGCUUGACAUUGAGUGGAAACCAAACUUUAACUCCUCCGCCGUCGCCGCACAAAACCCCGUCGCAACCAUCCAACUAUGUGUUGGAAACUACUGCCUCAUCUACCAAAUUCUUCACUCCCCAAAAAUCCCCCGCCGGCUCCGCAACUUCCUCCAGAACGACGACUACAGAUUCCUGGGGGUUGGUAUUAAGAGUGACGUGAAGAAGCUGUGGGACGAUUAUGGACUUGAUGUGUUGAACACGGUUGAUCUCCGGGAGUGGGCGGCAGUGGAGCUGGAGAAGAAGGAUCUUCGCACGGCGGGGCUGAAAGAUUUGGUGAAGGAAAUUGUGGGAAAAGAGAUUGUGAAGCCCAAGAGUGUGACUAUGAGUGACUGGGAUCAGCGCAGACUUAGCCCUAAGCAGAUAUGUUAUGCUUGCCUUGAUGCUUAUCUUUCUUUUGAAGUUGGGAGAAUCUUAAGUGCUUGGUAUUAG